AUGAUGAAGAUGAUGCUGGGAAUCUCACGCUCACUGCUGCUGCUGCUGCUGCUGCUGCUGUUGAUGGACGAGAGAAAGGUUGUGGCUGACACUCAAAACAGUUGUGGCCAGGCUGAUAGCAAAAUCAUCCACGUACCUUCUCCUGGUGUUGAUGAUAAAUUAUCAUUUGGUCAUACGAAACAACAAACAGUUAAUGAAUCCAUUGAAAACAACUCCAAAAAUAACAACGACAUGAACGACGAUAAUAGGGUUGCAUUAUCUGUCUGCGCAACAACAACACUUACCUCACCAGAAACUACUUUGGCUGUUGAGAACAAUGCCGGCGUAAAUAAUGUUAAUAGUUUUAACAGCAGUAGUUUUAAUGCCUCCAAUGAUGGUUGUGAAAGUAAAAGUUUUUCAGGUGGUAAUCUUACAGAUAGUGAUGAGAACUCUAUGCCUAAAUUAACUGCUAUAAAUGAAGUUGAAACUGAUAUAUCUAAUGAUAGUAUCAACACUAGGAUAUCCUCUAGCAACAACAACAACGUUAAAAACAACAUCAGUAGAUUUCUGCCUGGCAACAGUAACAACGAUGAUGGCGGUGACAGUAUUGAUUACAACAGCAAGCAGCAUAAUAUGGUUAGGGAAAACGUUAGUCACCAUCAGCAACAUCAGCAGCAACAACUUCAACAACAACAACAUCAUCAUCAGCCAUCUCAUUUUCAAGCUCACAAACAUCAGCAGUACCUCGCGCAGCAACAACAUCAUCAACAGCAGCAACAACAACAACAACAACACCAUCAACAACAUUAUCAACAUCAGAUGAAGUCUUAUCCACCUCAUCCCUAUCCUCCAAUGGGCAUAGUUGGGCCCCCAAUGCCUUACCCUGGCCCUUCAUCUGAUGGACUUCCUCCUCAUAUGAUAAAUUCAUCUUCGUCGUCGUCAUCACCGUAUUUUCCUCCUCAACCAUCAUCACCUUAUUACCAGCCAUCAUCUAUUCCACCAUCGCCAAAUUACCGUCAGCCUUUCAGGCCUGAAUUUAUGACGAAUCCGCAUCAUCAUCAACAUCAUCUCUCGCAACAUCUUCAUCAGCAACAUCAUCAUCCUCAUCAUCAUUCUGCUGUCGGUAGAUUUGAGUCACCACCACUUUUAUCCCCCUCGCCGUCCUCAUCCCUCUCCUCGCCGUUGUCAUCGUCCUCAUCAUUUCCUCCACCUAACUACCGUUCUGAAUCAGGGUAUAACCAUCCGCACCAGCAGGGCUUCAUGAGGCCCCCCCACCCAUAUGGCCCGUAUGGAAAGAAUGACAUGUCAGCUAUGUACAGAUCCCAAGAGGCUAAUAACUCAAUUAGCGGCAAAAAUUUCAAACCCGAUAACCCACUGAUGUCGCCAGGCAUCGCUGCUAAGAACAGCAGCAGCAGCAGCAACUCAACUGCCGAGCAAAAUGUAAAUAACAAAAUGAAUGUUGACAAGGAGGAGAUUAUGGAGCGCGGUGACAACUCUAACAGCAGCUCGUCCCAACAUUCCACUGCAACAAACAGCAACUACAACAACUUGACCCCCAGCAACAACAACAACUUGACCACCACCAGCAACAACAACAACAACAACACAUCCGACAGCAGCGUCGAUAACGACCACCGAAUGCCGCCACACAACAGCAACAACAGCAGAUAUUCAUUCUCUGGCAGUAGCAUACACGACAAGAACGAUUUUCCAAGAAACAAAAAAUCACCAUUUCCUCACUCACACUCAAAUUCAACGUUGCCAUCCUCAUCCUCGUCUUCACGUCCCAACAACCAGUGGGUGACAAACAUGCAGGGCAUGAUGUCAGGGGGCUCGGUUGUGGAGGCCCCUAGCUCCCUCCUCAAGUCUCAACCAAUUGUAUCUUUUCCAGACAUGAAGAAUUUGAUCAACUACGACGGAAUCAAAUCGACAGUCGGUCAUAAUUUUGAAUCAGCAAAAUCUGGUCUGCCAUCAUUCCUCGCUGAGAGUAGAAGCGGUGGUGGUGGUGGUAGUGGUAGCGGUGGUGGCGCAAUUGUAGAGGGUAGCCAUGGUGGUGGGAAAAGUGCCGGGUUCUAUAAUUAUCCACCAUUUCAACAUCUUAGAAAAAAUGUUGAUGGAGAUGCAGGUGGAUACAGAUCGUCUGGUCUGUCUGUUUGUCUGUGUUUGUUUGUAGUGUUGUUUUUAAUCGUUGGUUGA